UUUUAUCAGUUGAUAACCCAGUGUGAAACUAAGAAAAAACAUAAGAAACCAUGAAGUUGUUUCUAGUCGUUUUUAUGGUGCAAAUAGUGUUAUUGGUGGCACAAAAAUACACUUCUAGCUUUGACAACGUGGAUAUUGACGAAAUUUUGUCCAACAAGAGGAUUCUGGAGAAUUACAUCAAGUGUGUCCUAGAUGAAGGACCUUGUACUGCCGAAGGAAGAGAGUUAAGAAAGCAUAUUCCCGAAGCCAUUGAGACAAGUUGCGCCAAAUGUACCGAUAACCAAAAGCGAUUCGUGAAAAAGGGAGCGAAUUUCUUGAAAACGAAACGACCCAAAGAGUGGUCCAGGGUUGCCAAGAAGUUCAACAUUGAGGGUACGAGAGCUACUGCCUUUGAUGCCUUUUUGAGCUCUUAAUUGGACCUUUUAAUUAAUUGUGAUGUUUCGGUUAUUAGCAAUAUACGUUGUACAACAAUA